CAAAGCUCCGGAGUUCCUUUACAACACAAAGCUCAUCGGGACCGAACAAGGCCGCACUCACCACCCCUUACUUUUGCCGGUCGAGAAAACAUCCAACAGGAACAAGGGAAGAAAAGAAAGGAAAAAAGGGAAAAAAAGAGAACACUCUCAGAAACCAUGUCUCCAAUCCCAACCGCCCUCAUCACGGCAGGCAGCGCAGGCCUCGGCGCCGCAACAGCCAAACUCUUCGCCCGCAACGGCUACAGCGUCGUCAUAAACUACGCGAACAACAGCGACCGCGCCGAAGCCCUGGUCAAGGAACUCGAGUCCCUCUCAUCCACCUCCGCUACCUCUUCGUCCACAGAAGGAAGCCAAAGGCAGCACUUCCACGCCAUCAAAGCAGACCUCUCCUCCCGCGCCGAAACCUCCGCCCUCGUCAAGAGCGCAGCCGACGCCCUCGGCGGCCGCCUCGACGUCCUCUUCUCUAACGGCGGCUGGACGCGGCUCCGCAACAUCGCGGACCUCGACGACAACGUCGACGAGGACGACUGGGACCGCUGCUUCAACAUGAAUGUGAAGUCGCACCUGUUCCUCAUGCACGCCGCGCGGCCGUACCUCGACGAGGCAGAGGGCGCAUUUAUCACGACGGCGUCGCUGGCUGGUGUUAAAGUCAGCGGGAGUUCACUGGCCUACGCCGUGACGAAAGCAGCCCAGAUCCACCUCGUAAAAGGCCUCGCGUUAGCAGCGGGCCCGAGAAUAAGAGUAAACAGCGUCUCUCCAGGCCUCAUGUUGACGGAAUGGGGCCUACAGUUCCCGCAAGAGAAACAACAGGCCGCCCGGGACAGGACGCCGCUCAAGCGCCUCGCCACGGUCGACGACGUGGCCGACCAGGUGCUGUGCUUCGCCAGGAGCAGGAGCGUCACCGGCGCUAACGCCGUCAUUGACGGGGGGCUCAGUAUUUGAGAGAGAGAGAGAGAGAGAGAGAGAGAGAGAAUGUGUGUGUGAGAGAGCGAGCGGGAAGGGGGGGUUUACGGAGUACGGUCCACGAAUAUCUGGACGGAGUAUGGAUGCCUCUUUAAGAGAAGACGAGGUCACGAGGGAGAGGAACAGAUGUCACAGAGACAGGAAGCCUGAGAGAGAGCCUGGCACAUACGGAUACAUGGGUACGGAACAGCCCACACCCGUCGGCCAUGAAAAGCCAGCCACGCAAGAACUAGG